AUGGACCCGCCGCGCAAAGGCAUUUACCUCUACGAGCCCGAGCCGACAUGCAAGCCGGCGAUGCUCAGCAGCGGCGUCUCGUCGACAAGCUCCCAGGAGCGCCGACCGGCCCACUUCGAGUCGGUCAACGCACGCACCAACUUUCGGUCAACGCCGGUCGAGACGCUUGGGCCGCACACGCCGCCCGUCUACUCGUUGCAGGACGACCCGAUUCUCGAGGGCCAGCCAGCGGCGCCCCACGGCAACUACGACUCGCGCGAGACCGCGACGUAUUUCAACUCGAUGACAGUCGUCAUCGGCGCCUGCCUUGGCAUCGGUCUCGGGUUGAUUUUGACCAAAUUUAACAUUCCGCCAGACCUCGCGCUCUGGCUCGAGCUGCCCGGCAACCUCUUUGUGCGCGCACUGCGGUGUCUUGUCGUGCCGUUGGUGUUUAGCACGAUGACGGUCUCGAUCGCCGAAAUUGUCGUGUUGAACAAAACGUCGAUUUUAACGUGGCGCACGGCCGCCGUCCUCUUCUCGACGUCGAUCCUCGCCACCAUGCAAGGCAUGGUCGUCGCCUUGAUCUACAACAGCGUCUUCAACGCCAACUGGCCCGUCUCGCAAAGCAAUGCGACCUCGACCAAUGGCAUCGUCUUGGGUCUCCGGUGUGCCAACGGGCAGUUCUUGGAGACGCUCGCCAACGGCACGCUGGCGUGCUUGAGUCCAAGUGCCAACGCGAGCGCGCUCUUUACGGUCCAGGAUGUCAACAAUGUGCUGAGUACCAACGCGGCGUUUCAGCAACUCACGCUGACACAGCAAGUGAUUGGAAUCAUCAACUUGGUCGUGCCCGACAACAUUUUCGCAGCCAUGGCCAGCGGGUCGCUUCUCAGCAUCCUCACGUUUGCCUUGCCGCUCGGCGUCGCGGUUGCAAAGUCGCACAACGAAGCGCUUGGUCCAGGCACCAACUACCUCCUCAACAUUUUGCGCCAGAGUCGCAACACGCUCCUUCUCAUGAUCAACGCGGUGCUCAAGCUGACGCCAUUCGCGGUCUUCUUCCUCUUGUCGAGCUCGAUUGUGACGUACAGUACAACGAGCACGAAUAUCAUGGCCCAAGGCGGGUACCUCAUCCUCUUCUUCAUCGCCGGCGUCAUGGUCCAUGUCCUCAUCGUCAUGCCGCUCUACCUCUUUUUGUUUACGCGCAUCAACCCGUACAACUACCUCCGGCAGCUUGUGCCUGCCUACGUGUUUGCGUUUGGCUGCUCGUCGUCGAUGGCGACGCUUCCGGUUGCGGUCACCGUCGUCCACCAGACGCGUCAAGUGUCGCGCCAGCUCGCCCAGCUCAUGAUGUGUCUUGGUACGCCGGUCAACCUCAACUCGCCCGGCUUUUACUACCCGCUCUUGACGGUCUUUAUGGCCAACGUCGGUGGUGUCGGCAGCCACCUCGGCGUGCCGGAGCUCGUUGUGCUCUUCUUUGUCUCGCUUUUGGGCUGCGUGGGCACGGCGCCAGUCCCCAACUCGGGUCUCAUUAUGCUCAUGACGGUCUGGAAGACCGUGCUGCCCAACAUCCCGCUCCCCGGCGCGUUCAUUUACAUCGUCGCCAUCGACUUUCUCUUGGACCGGAUCUGCACGUCGACCAACGUCAACGGCAAUAUGGUUGUGACCCGGAUCCUCGCCGACUACUUUGACGACUCGUGGGGAAGCGAGUCGGGCCAAGCGUAGAGAUUGUUUGCGGGAAUAUUGUCGUCGUGGUGAUGUCGUCCAUGCCUGUACUAUAGUUUUGUUGUAUCGAUGACGUUUUUGCGCUGCUUU